AGAUUUCGUAAGGAAAUAAAUAAGUAUCGCAUUAAGGAAAUCACCCUGCCACCAGUGGAAGCUCAAUGUGUUUGUUACAUUGCAACGCACUGAUGGUUUGCGCCCGUCGUUCGGAUAGAAGCAUAUAUCCACAGCGCGCCUCUCCAGCGUCAUCACCACAGACAGAGACCAGUGCUGACAAAGCAGCGCCUCGCUGCCCUGCCCCGCCGCUGCAUGGACAGCCAGCACAAUGGCAGAGGAUUUAGGGGGUGCCUCUGUUUUAGCAACAACAGGUCGCAUAGAUAAUCCCGCCACAGUCGAGCCAGCCGUGUUUACCCCUCUCGUAGUUACGACGAUUAGAGCGCCGCUGUCGGCUCGCAGGGCUUGAUGAGGAAGGAGAGAGAGCCGAGCGGGGCUUCUCGUCCUUACAAUACCGAUUGAGAGGGAAACGCAAAGCAGCGUGGAACGGGUGGACUGUGGCUUGGGGUCCUUCAAGAUGGAUAUAGAUCCCUGCUUCCGCUAUUAUUUCCAGCACCCAUGGUCCCGUCUGUUCGUGGCCUACCUCGUCACCUUCUGCAACUUCCUCAUCUUCGCCGAGGACCCUGUCUCCCACAGCCAGACGGAGGCUCACAUGAUCGUGGUGGGAAACUGCUUCUCCUUCAUAGUGAACAAGUACCCUGGCGGAGGAUGGAGCGUCCUGAAAGUCAUGUCGUGGCUGAUGGCCAUUGUCACCGGAAUGUUUGCCGGGAAGUUCAUAUUCCACCGCAGGCUCUUUGGUCGUUAUCUGCGUCUGAAAAUGUUCCGUGAGGAUCACGGCUCCUGGAUGACCAUGUUCUUCAGCACCAUCCUUUUCCUCUUCAUCUUCUCACACAUCUACAACCUGAUCCUCCUGAUGGCAGGAAGCAUGGGGCCUCACAUGGUGACAGAGUACAUGGGUAUCAGGAACGAGAGCUUCAUGAAGAUUGCAGCGGUGGGGACGUGGAUGGGGGACUUUGUGACUGCGUGGAUGGUCACUGACAUGAUGCUCCAGGACCAGCACUACCCAGACUGGGGCAAAGCUGCCAGAAGGUUCUGGAAACAAGGCAAUCACAGGAUAAUCCUCUUCUGGACGGUCCUGAUCACUCUGACGUCGGUGGUGUUGCUGGUCAUCAGUACUGACUGGAUCAGCUGGGACAACCUGAACCGCGGCUUUCUGCCUAGCGACGAGGUCUCCAGGGCCUUCCUGGCUUCCUUCAUCCUGGUCUUUGACCUGCUCAUUGUCAUGCAGGACUGGGAGUUCCCUCAGUUCAUGGGCGACCUUGAUAUGAACCUGCCUGGCAUGUCCACCACACAGCUCAAGUUCAAACUUCCUGUGUGCAAGAGCAUCUUCAAAGAGGAGUACCACAUUCAUAUCACAGGUAAGUGGUUCAACUACGGCAUCAUCUUCCUGGUGUUGAUCCUGGACCUGAACAUGUGGAAGAACCAGAUCUUCUACAAGCCCUACGAGUACGGCCAGUACGUUGGUCCAGGGGAGAAGAUCUUCACCGUGGAGGAACCCCACACCCUGGGUGACUUCAACCGCAGCACGCUCACCUACAAGUGGCGCUCCAGCCACGUGGACCCGCUGACCAACCGUUCGUAUGUCCAUCGGGACAUGUUCCUGCACAGCCGCUACGUGGGCGCCAGCCUGGACAUCAAGUGCCUGGCCUUCAUCCCCAGCCUGGCUGCCUUUGUUCUCUUUGGCUUCUUCAUCUGGCUGCUGGGACGUUUCCAGGACAGCGAGACCUUCCCGGAGAGCCAGGUGGACAAGACGUACGAGAGGAUUAAGAGGAAGUCUCCAUCGGAGUACAGUAAGGACAUGGGGGUCACGCCAGAGGAGGUGCACAUCUCUAUGAGCGAGACGCUCAAACGUUCCGGAACCCCCAUGCUGCUGUCAGUGGACGGGCACUUGGCUCCGCACACCGCUAGCUCCACCAACUCCAUCUCGCCUGUUUCCACGGAGACCCAGGAGACGCACCCCAGCAUAGUCAUUGACAGCGCGGAGACGGGAGAACCAGCGGUUUCCUUUGAAGUCAGUAAACUGUCACCACCCUGACCUUACUGCCCUUAGGGGAAAUACUGCCACUGUCUGCUGCUGACAGACACAUAGCCUGAAGGGAGGGCACGAGACCAGAGAGUAGAGACUAAGACCAAACUGAAAGACAAUUUCAGUCCAGAUCUUUUCAGUCUGGGUGGAUAUUGAACACAACACUGAGUGUUCCUACAGCAGAGGAUGUAGCUACACUGGCCUCUUGGGUUCUUCUGGACUAUUUGGUUUUGCGACCAGUCUUUUUGUAAGACCGUGUUUUUAAGAUCUCUAAGGUGACACCAACACAAUGACAAACAGGUUAUUUUGAACCUCCCUCACUGCAAAGUCAUAUUGUCAACAUGGUGCUAUCGCUUGAUUUGACGUUUUUCUAAUAGCACGGUGUAUUUUCUUAUCGUGACGCAUUUUGGUGCCUAUGUGGGAGAACUACUUCUACAGUCGAUCGUGACCUCGGGACUAUAAGGCUCUAUCGGCGCAAAGAAUAGUUCUGAGAUAUUGAGCAUGAAAGUUUUCACAUUCCAGAUCUCAGAACUGUUUUGUAGUGAAUUAUUCAUUCUUAAGGUCCUCACCUUAAAGGUACCUAAAUUGCAGAGUACCAAAAUCCUAAGAUAUUUGUAAAUCUUUUUUUUUGGGGGUGCAAACGCAGAUAGAACCUUAUGGUUCUGAGAUGUCAAUCUGGCUUCAGCCAUAAGAAUCUAUCUGCCACAGAAUGUUGCAAUUAUUUCAAUUUCAAAAGAAAAGUACAAUCAUGUAAGGAUUAAAUAACAUAACAUAACAUAUGCCAUUUAGCAGACGCUUUUAUCCAAAGCGACUUACAGUCAUGUGUGCAUACAUUCUACGUAUGGGUGGUCCCAGGGAUCGAACCCACUACCCUGGCGUUACAAGCGCCAUGCUCUACCAACUGAGCUACAGAAGGAGAAUACCCUUCUUUCCAAUCACAUCAUCAAAUAUAUGAAUUAAUGUUCAUCACACAUCUGAUAAACUGAUAGUUCACUAAAAUGCAAAUACAAUAUAUCCUAAUAGCAUCAUUGGUCUGGAUGAGUAAACAGACAUUUUUCUGGUCUCUGACACCCAAAGUCAUUAAACUACUUCCUAGUUAUCAAUCAAAUGUGUUACUGUACGUUAGUAAUUUUGGUAAAAUACUCCUUCCAUGGAGGUUUUUCGUAUUGAUAUAGAACAAGAUAUAAACAGCAAUGCCUCUCCAAGUGGCCUUAAACAUGGUCUAAGGCUCCUGCGUUUAUUUUUAUUUUUUUUUACCAUAAAGGGCUUAAGUGAUGGCCAUUCUUCUGUAAAAGUGAUGAAAAAAAUCUGUCAUUGCAAAAGAGGACCAGAAAAAAAAAGAGGACCGGGCUAUAAGGUUCUAUCUGCAAAAUGUAUGGUUUUGAGUAUUUUUCAAGUCCCAGAUUUCAAGACUGUUUUGUGAUGUCUUCCUCUUAAACAACAAUAGUUUUUGAUUGACAACCCAGUCUUGUGUGUUUGGAUUGCAGAUAGUACCUUACAGCGCCAAGUUCAAAGGUGCGCAGAUAAAACCUUCAGAUAUUCUUUCCAUGGUGAAUGGACUUUUUCCACAAUUCAGACAUAUUUUACAUGUGAAGGACCUAAAGUGCAACUCUUUUGUGAAUAAUUAGUUUAAAACCUUAUAGUCCCAAGGUCUCGCGAUGCAUGACACCCAAUUGUCAUGGCUAGUUUAUUGUAACACUGCAGUUUUACAGCUGAAGAGGUGGCCUUGAUAACCCACAUCCACUAAAGGACCCACGUCCAACAUAGAGUAUUAUAGCUUACAGUCUAUAGCUGCAGCAAAACAAAUGAUGUCUGAUAGUAUGUGUCUGUCUUGUUCAUUUUCAGUGUUUCACUUGAUUACGUUUACCUUUUCAGACUUCAUGACUGAUUUAUCAAUUCAUUUGUCAUCCUUGAUAAUUCUCACAUAUCCCGUCUUCAUGCGUUUAUUUUCUUGUAGUCAUAGAAAUGACUGGAUUGCUAAGCCUCAUGAUGAUGAUGAUAAUAAUGCUAUCAUGAUGACCUAUUUAUUUUCUGGAUGUAAGAUAACUCCUAGGCAUCAUCUAUUUUCAAAUAACAAACAAAAGUCACCUCAUGGUCGCUUAUCUAUCUGGUAAUUACACUCAAACAAAUGCAAAUGAAUGAAAGGUCAUUGGCCCUUGGCCUGGUAAAUGUGCUUUUGUUAUACAAGGGGGGAGAAGUUCACCACAUCUAACUGCUGCACCUAAUUGCUGCACCCAUAUCAUAUACCCCAGCAGUAUACUGUAUGUACCACAAUUACGACCCUGGUCAAAGCCAGUAUUGGGGUCUUGGUUUGGUUUGAGAAGGACACAUGGAUACCUAUUUACUUUCAGCUGACAAGCAAAAGAUAGUGGGAGAUUUUCUGAGUUGUGAAAGUUGUUAUAUCACAUACGUUAGGUGUGUGACUACUGUAUACCAAUGCUCUGUUAUUGAAGUGUUUUCUAACAAUGCCUUUGUGUGUGUGUGUGUGUGUGUGUGGUGUGUGUGUGUGUCAGAGAGGGUAAGGAUGGCCAAUUCUGUGAAGAGGUCAAUGUAGUCAACAUAAGUGGUGUAUGACCCUUGGUUCAGUGAUCCCCCUCUACACUUUACAGAUCAAAGUCCUCCAUUACAGCUCAACUUAUUUCAUUUUGGAGAUAUGGCUGUGCAACAGGCAACACAUUGCUAAGUGUAUGGGGCAAUGGCUAAAUGAGUGUGUUUAUCUCACUUUAAGUAAUCUAGUGAUAUAUUUGUAAUGUAUUGUGCUUCGGGUGAAACUGAAUGUUCCCCCUGCUGUUAUACAUGGUAUUGUAUUGCAUAACUGACAGAUAGUUUGCAUCCUUGUGUGUGUGGUUGUGUGUUUUUUAAUAAACAAAUGAUAUCUCUUUUUAACAUGUUGGCUACAAUAAAUGUCCGUUGAAUAAUGCUAUCAAUAAAAUGAAUACAUUUUGCUA